UCCAAAGUUCCAAACGUCACUGACAUUGACGGGCGCGAACAGAACAGAGCAAGACAACGACAACCACAUCCCAUUUCCCGACCUUCGAUCGACGGUCUACUUUGAAAACUACAGUAGACAGCUCCGGCUUGACACACGGCCCAACAGCGCCUACCUACCUAUCUGUUCCCUCGCAUGCGCACACGCUAAACUUCGACGCGACACCCACAACUGCCCACCAUGUCGGUCCUCCUCGAGACCAGCGCCGGCGACAUUGUGAUUGACCUUUUGGUCGAUUACGCGCCCAAGAUGUGCGAAAACUUCCUCAAACUCUGCAAGGUCAAAUACUACAACUUCUCGCCCAUCCACUCCGUACAAAAGUCCUUCUCCUUCCAGACCGGCGACCCCCUCGGUCCUUUGUCCUCCGAAUCCGACGGCGGACAGUCCAUCUGGGGCCUCCUCUCCGGCGACCUCUCCGGCGACCUCUCCGAAAAGACCUUCCCAGCCCUCUUCCACCCCAAACUCAAACACCUCGAACGUGGCACCGUCAGCAUGGCCACGGUCCCCCACCCCUCCGAUCCCGACACCCGCCUCGCCGGCUCCCAAUUCAUCGUCACUCUCGGCGACAACACAGACUACCUCGACGGGAAGGCCGCCAUCUUCGGCAAAGUCGUCGAAGGCUUUGACGUCCUCGAAAAGAUCAACGACGCCAUCGUCGACGAGCGCGGCCACCCCUUGGUCGACAUCCGCAUCAAACACACCGUCAUUCUCGACGACCCCUACCCCGACCCGGCCGGCAUGCGCGAGUCCAGCGCUUCCCCACCACCCAGCAAGGCGCAACUAGCCACCGUCCGCAUCGCCGAAGGCGAAGAACUACUAGACGUGGAAGCCAGCGAAGAAGCCGCCGCCGAAGCGGAACGAAAACGUCGAGAGCGCGAAGCGGCCGCGCAAGCACUUACCCUAGAAAUGAUGGGCGACCUACCCUUCGCCGAAGUCAAGCCUCCCGAGAACGUCUUGUUCGUGUGCAAGCUGAACCCGGUGACGACGGACGAAGAUCUCGAGCUGAUUUUCAGCCGGUUCGGCAAGAUAUUGAGCUGCGAGGUGAUAAGGGAUCAAAAGACGGGGGACAGUUUGCAGUAUGCGUUUAUCGAGUUCGAAGACAAGAAGAGCUGCGAGGAGGCGUACUACAAGAUGGACUCGGUUCUUAUUGAUGACCGGAGAAUCCACGUGGAUUUCAGUCAGAGUGUUAGCAAGCUGAGUGAUGUGUGGCGGUCGGAGACGAACUCGAAGAGGAAGACUGCUGCGAGGAGGGGAGGGGGUGGGUGGGGUGGUGUUGACGAGUUGGAGAAGUGGAGGAAGUAUAGGGAUGAGGAUGUUGAGUGGCGGAAUGACGAUAGCUAUCAGAUGGUGCAUGGAGUGGAGGACUUGAAGGGAAGACAUGAUGGUGAUAAACCUCCUGCUAGGGAGCCUCGACCUGAUGUUGGUGGCCAUGACAGGUCCAGAUCCAAGGAUCGUGAUCGCAGACGCAGUAGGAGUCCUCUUCGAAGGGACCGUCGGGACGACCGUGACAGACGGCCACGAGAUGCUGACCGCCGCCGAGAUGAUCGAGACUCGGACCGCAGAGACAGACGCGACCGUAGUCGUGACCGACACCGCGACCGAGACUAUGACAGGGACCACCGCAGAGACAAUAGAGGUCGCGAUGACUAUAGGAGGAGGUAGGGCACACACAAACUGCAUUAGGGAAUAUUCUAUCUUUGUCGCCCCAUAUCCGCCAAAAACACAGACACCCGAAAAAUGCACAUCUCGGAACCGAGAUCUGCCCUGGCUUGUUACAACCUGGCUGAAUAGGGCUGACAUUCUAUGCAAUAAUGUCGGGCCACCACGACUACUCCAUCGCUUACGAGCAUCCAAUUG